AAUGGACAGAUAACAAUAGCAAUAAUAAUAAUAAUUCCAAUAGACACCUAAAUAAAAAUUAGAUCCAUAAGAUAAUAAUCUACAAGUAUCAAUGAGGAAAUCAUUAAAAGCGUAAGUAUUCAUUGCCAAGAUAUUCCUAAAGAAAUUUGGCAAUGUAGAAUUACAUGCACUUGGAGAAGCAUCUAAAAAUAGUGUUAAAGUAGCUGAUACUUUAUCAAAACAAGGUAUAUUUAUAUAUUUAAUAUUUAGGGAUUGCAACAAUAACCAAGAUCAACUCAUUCACUUUGGAAAAUAAUGAAAGAAAAAAAGUGAAACUUAUAGUAUCAUUGACAUUAACACCAGAGGGAAAGAAAAGAGUAGAUCAAGAAUUGAAUUGAUC